CAGGCUCAGCUUGGUGGGCUGCCGAGAUGAGCUACAAUCGGAGGCACGGAAAACACAAUCGGUGAAAAUAUCUUUUUACACACAAGUGUUGAAUAAUGUCGAGGAAGUAUAGUUAACGGAGCCAGCGUCAUCAAUGGAUGUAUCUCCGGAGGUUUCCAGCGCGCAUCCCGAAAUCAGUGGCGAGGUUGCUGUAGCAGAGGAAAUACGCCUUCCGAGCAGGAGAACAACCAAUCAGCCGUGGCGAACCAAAGAUAAACAAGCCUUAUGAUAAGACAAAACUCUCAGGUUUACCCAGGCUGUGUGCAGCCCCAGUGAACUAUCAUGCUGGCCUGUAUCCAGAGACGGCAGAACCUCUCGUCGCAGCGUCUGGCGUGCACACCCAAAAGCCUUGAUGUUCAACCACCGCCCUUACUGCUGUCAGUACCACCACUGCAGCCGCACACCCACAAAGGUGAGCCAGCCUCCAUGAUUUCUCGGUACCCCUCUCCUGCAGAGUUGGAUGCUUUUGCCCAGAAGACCGCCAACAGCCCUCUGUCCAUCAAAAUCUUUCCAUCUGACGUCCGGGUGCCACAACAUAAACAGCUUAACAAAACAGUCAACGGCUUAGACACCACAGGCCAACGCUAUAGCCCCUAUUCACACCCAUACUCAGGAGGCUACCAGGGUUUGCUGGCCAUCCUCAAAGCCUCUGUGGUGGUCAAAGGUGUGGUGAAAAACUCUGAGGGCAAGAGGACUAAACAUGCAAACACCAAGACUUCUGUGGCACCAUAUAAUAAUCCUCUGAAUAAUGGUUACACAGCCAGACACGGGCAUAAGGCCUAUCAUAUAAGCUCAUGUAAGCCUCCUGAUGUUCCCAUUGAGACACUUUGUUCUAGCACAGGGAUGGCCUCCGGAGAUCAGAGGCUGGCCCCCCAGUCUGAGCUGGCAGAGGUUCAAAGCCUGAUGAGGCAGAUGAGCAGAGUUUCCCACAGCCAGGCCCUGCAGCUGGGGGGAGAGGCUCGAGCCAGCCCCUCUCUGCAGGCUGUGGCUGCGGUUGCACAUUCAGACUCAGACUUUGUCUUAGGAGUGCCGCCCCAGAGCAGCCUGGCGUUCACUGGGGCAGUGAUACCUACACAGAGUGCAGACAUAGCCAAAGCCGGGUACUUAGAGAAAGGAGACUACGCAGUGUGGCAGCAUAAACAUCAAAUACAGCAGCAGCCCUAUCAGCAGGGAGCAGUGAGGAUGUACAGUGUGAGUAACAGUGCUCAGAGGCACAGAGCAGCAGAGGCUGGCCAGCCUCCUGAAACCUGCCUCCCUUUGGCGUGCUCCUCUCAGCUGUCAUAUAGGCCACAUCCUGCCAGUGUGGGCGCUGGGCGGGAGCGAGUCAGCGGCUCCUCUCUGAACUGUGCCGCCAUGCAGGAAGAGUUUUCUGUCGGACAGUACUUCGCCCCUCUCUGGGAUAGUGUUGUGGCCACCCCUAAUAGCGACUGUUAUACUUCUCAGGUGCUGGCAACAGGUACAUGCGCAGCCCGGCCUAGAGACCUGGGGCUCUCCCAUCCCCAUCUCCACCCAAACCGCCAUCAACACCACCACCCGCAGCUGCGUCCUCCUUUUCCUCUUCAUACCCAGGCCUACAGCACAGACCAAAACCUCUGUUGUGUGCUGCCUAGUUCUAGCCUGUGCCACGCCGCAGUACUUAGCAGCAGCCUGCAGUCUCUGGAAUGCCUCAUCAGUGAGAUCCACCCUCCCUGCAUCAAAGAGCGCAUGCUGGGCCGUGGGUACGAAGCCAUGGGGAUGCCUCAGCUACUGGAGCACCACCAGCAAACCCACAUCCAGCUUCCCGUCUACAGAUAAGACGGGGUGAUGCUACACAACGGGACGCAGAAGUGACAAACCUUUUAUAGAUGAAGGAAGUGUGACAGUUUAGACAUCUAUGACAAUGAGACAUGCCUUUUUGGUUUGUGCAUGUACUGUAUUUGUAGAAGGCUUUGUGUUAUAAGCCAGAAGAGGUAAAUGAUAAUCAUGGCUUAAGAUACAGGUUUAUCUUAUGGACUUUUCAUGUUUUAUUUUUAUAUCUUAAAAUGCCAACAAAUAUGCUUGCUGUUCCUCAUUUAAUACUGAUGCUGAGCACCUAAUCAGAAUUUCCCCUUAUAUUUGAACAUGAACUGUGUAAUUGCCGGUAUAUCCUCUCUAGGCCUUUACAAAUAUGGAAACUUACUGAACUGAUAAAAUCAUUGGUACCCUUAUAAAACAUUUACUUGAAGGAUGGCUGGUAACAGUUUUUGUGAAUACAUUGUAUAUUCUUACAUAAAAUGGCUUCUUAUUUGGGAGGGAACACCUCUUAAUUGUUAACUGAACUUUUGGUUGUCUGCUGCUUUGCUGUGGAUUUAGUUUUGUCCACUUUUUGUUGACAUACGCAGUGCCCCAGCUUCUGCAAUGUAAUGCAAAUUUCCUGGCCACUGUAUGGGGAAACAUUUUGAUCACUUGCGUACAAAUGUGAUUUUUUUUCUUGUUGUUGUUAUGCAGUUAUUUAAAGUUAUGAGAUUUAAAAUCUUAAUCGAUUUAAUGUAGUCACGCUCAGCACAAUGUAAUAGGACUGUUGCAUAUCCAAAUCAACACUGUGGCAAAUCAGGCCAGACCAAGCAAGAUGUGCCCUUUGGUUGUAUUUUUGUUAACAUUUUAAGAGGUUGUGUGGACAUUUCUUCAAUUAAAUAUUUUUUUUUUUUUAUGGAAGGUUGUGACACACAACACCUGCGUAUAAUGGAGUGCCACAUUAGCAAGCAGGCCACCUGAAUCAUUUACAAUAUCUUCUUUGUAGGGCUAUAUUAUAUCUGAUGGUGUGAGAUGUAUGACUGAGUAGUUCUUUGUGUGUCUGCACUGGUUCUGUAAUACUAUUUAUUUAUGUCAGCCUGUUGAGUUAUAUGGCAAACCGUCUCUAUAAUUAUAAAGUGCAAUUAUUAUAUAUGAACAUGUGAGCGCUCUCCAUGAAGUAUGUUGUUGAAAUAACUACAUUUUGCAAUGUAUGACCCUAAUCCCUCACCCUUUUUUGCCUCUUCUUAAUAAGGAUUGUCAAGUAAAUUAAAUUUUCUAAACCCA